UGAACUAUGCCCAUACAACCCAAUCAACCCCCUCAUGACUCUGAUUAUGACCAUCUUGACCUAAUAUCCUACAUACUCUGUACAAGGUGAAAUCGAAGUAACCUUCAAGUGAAGAACUGCGCCACACCCUCGAAUAAAUUCAUCAUCAUCCAUCGUUCGUUGCCUUGCCCUUUACCUAUUACUGCCUAGUCUAGCCUAGUUAGUUAGCUUGUGUUUUUGGAUUCCUGGAAUUGCUUCACUCGAUGCAACCUGUCAUGCCGGUGCUAUGGGGCACUUGGUUUUUGGUGCCCUUCUUUCUGCCCAUUUUCCAGGUACCCGGGUUGGAUUUACUUUUAGUAAUGUAUUGUGGCUGUUAGUGGGUUUUCGUGAAGAAGAAGAAGGUAUUUAUACGGGUUGUGAUGAAGGGGAUUUGGGUUGGUCUUCAUCUUCUUCUUUCACCUCAAGUCGAGUCGAGUCGAGUCAAUUCAAUUCCAUUCCAUUCAAGUCGAGUCAAUCGAGUCGAAUCUUUCCUCUAUCUGCAUUAGGUCGUAUAAUCCAUUUAUAUACCAGUCUGUGUCUGCCUGCCAGUCAACCAUACUCGUAUUCAAUAAGAAUAUCAUCAAAAUGCCUCUUUUCUCUGUAUCAACUACUACUACUGCUCGUACAACUCCUCCCCUUCAACCGAUGGUUCGACCCAUCAACACUCACCCUCGUACUCAUACUCGUCCUGCAAACUCCCGUGCCAGAUUCACUUCCUCUCGUGCUAUCUCAGACGAACAUACCCGGCCAACGGCUCGUCCGCCGUCUAUGGCAGGAUGGUGGAUUUGCUGCUCGUGUGGGGGGCAGAAUAACCCGGCUUUGGCUCCAGAGCGUUGCUCUGUCUGUGGGCAUUCCAAGGACUACAAUUGCACACUUCUUUGAUUCGACUUUGUCUGUCAUUCUGCUGUUCCUCUUUUUCGGGUCUUCUUCAUAUUCGUUUUCUUGCAUUGAUGGGCUUUAUGUAUGAUAUCCAUGUACUAUGAAUCAUGUUUGAUGAGAAUUAUAACCAAUUUCAUAUACUGAGACAAUGUUCAAGUCUCAGACGCAAAAGAAUGUCUAUGUAUUAGUCUAUGUCUUCACAAUUAAGUAGGUUGUCUAUGUUUCACUUGAUUUCGUCCAGGAUUUGACUCAUCUGCCGGCUCAAGUCCCGCUUCCUGCCUCAGUCGAGCCACCACUGGCCCCAGUUCAAAGGCACUCUCUCGGCUACUAUGGUCCGCACA